AUGAAGUUCACAAUUUUCAAAGUUUUUUUCUUUGGGGUAUUUUUGUCUGAGGUGCUAGGAACGAAGAAUCUGAGGGAUAACACAACAUCUCUGCUGAAAAAAUGCCCAGAGAAUCAAUGCCUGACUGAAGCCAUUGUUUGUCUCUCUGGAAGCAAACCCAGGGGAAAGGGAAAUUCAGGCAAUAGCGACAGAUUGAAAGUUUUGGAAGACGAGGUCGAAAAACUGAAAGGUUUACUUCAGAAGGCAGGAAAACCUAACGGCUUCGCCUUGCUCGACAGUACCGGCCAUCUGCCCCAGAAACUCCUCGUGGCGGGUUACGACAAAUACUCCAUGUACGACUUGGGGUGGCAGGCUCUUCAUAUGGCGGCUGCCGCUGCCUGCAGGGGUAGCACAAGUUCAGGGGGGACUGGUUGUUGUGCCAACGUUGUUCUUGUACGAAACAGAGCUGACAGGAAGAGCUGCACUCAGAUCUGUGGUCAGACUUUAUAUAAAAACUGUGAUGCAGAGGUGUCCAUUCAUGGCAAAACAGGAAAAGCCACUAAGGCUGGUGAAAUGAUCGGGGCUUUCUACAACUAUAGCUGUAGUCAAUCGUCUAACGGAGGAAGUGAAGUUUCAAGCUCCCCUACUGAUAUCAAUCGCUUUCCUAAAGGUCACACCUACUACAGCUUUUGCUGUUGCCGAAAGUAGAAUAAAACGGUAAAUCAGAAAAAGAAACGUCUUUCCCAGAUUUUAGUUUCUCUCAAAAACGAAUUGAGUUUCAGUGUGCGAAAUGCAUUUGUAGUAUUUUCAAUAAAAAGACGUUAAUCAGUUCUGUUUUA